CAUGCUGUCAGGACCGCCUUGGGGGGCAAAUGCGAUAUGGGCAUCCUUAUUUCGGUCUCGUGAGCUUCGAAGUUCGCAACUGCCCGGUGCCAGCCGAAAUGGACAUGUUGACGUGUGAACCUCUACUUUGGUAGAGGCUGAUCCUGCCUACAUGGAACCGGCGUCUGAGGGUAGUAGGAUAUACCAAUAACGAAAGGGAACUCUUGCGAGUCCGAGAAGUUUGGUCCGAGGGAAUGGGUUGGACGCGGUGGGCAAUAGGAUGUAGCUGACCAUACUUAUUCGAGUUGUUGCGUCUAUCCCCGAGUCGCGCGCCACUGCGAUUGGUGACGAGGACUAGGCGCCUCUAUUAUAAGUACUGUUGGGUGAGGGCACAGAUGAAGGAUGCUCUGAUAAACGUUGGCGAGAUGGGACUAGCACCUCACUAGGAGGUGCGUCUGAAUGAGAAAUGGGAGGCGAAUGUUGCCAUGGGUGGGUAUUGUGUGUGGGCACGUUGCGUCCGUCGGGUUGGCGGGUCGAUUCCAAGGAAGGUCCAUCAAGUGGAAUACGGGCGAUGUGGGUAAGCUGCCUGCUUGGGCCUUCUUGGAAGGCGAUCGUGUUCCUGUCUGUUAAAAGCACCCUAGGGAAAGGAGAAAAGAAUCAUGAAUAUACGUUUGGAUUACCUCUGGAUUGAGUAGCUUAACUCUCCAACGUA